AUGUCGAUCGAAGGUGUUAUUUAUGAUCCUAAUGAUCCGGAAUUGAAAGAGUCAAUGAAAUAUUUGGCUCUUCCAACGGAAGAACGUAUUAAACUUCAAGCUCAACCUUUUGAUGGUAAAAAGCAAUGUUGGAUUCCUGAUGCAAAGGAAUCAUUCGUUGCUGCUGAAAUUACCGCUACAAAAGGUGACGAAGUAACGGCUAAAACUGAUAAAGGAGAGACCGUCACAUUGAAAAAAGACGAUGUUCAGCAAAUGAAUCCACCGAAAUUCACUUGCUGUGACGAUAUGGCUAAUUUGACAUAUUUGAACGACGCUUCCGUCUUGCAUAACUUACGUGAUCGUUAUCAACGUUGGCUUAUCUACACUUAUUCAGGUUUAUUCUGUGUCGCCAUCAAUCCGUACAAGCGAUUACCGAUUUAUACAAUGAAAGUGGUUCUGAUGUAUCGUGGAAAGAAGCGUACAGAAGUGCCACCGCAUUUAUAUGCAAUUUCUGACAAUGCAUAUUCGAAUAUGCUUCGCGAACGAGAAAAUCAAUCGAUGUUGAUCACAGGAGAGUCAGGUGCUGGAAAAACGGAAAACACCAAGAAAGUCAUUCAAUAUUUCGCUUUGGUUGCCGCUGCCGGGGCAAAGAAAGAGGAGGGCAAGAAAACUAUGACCCUUGAAGAUCAAAUUGUUUCGGCUAAUCCCGUACUCGAGGCCUAUGGUAAUGCAAAGACUACGAGAAACAAUAAUUCUUCUCGAUUCAAAACCAUGACUCUUGAAGACCAAAUUGUUCAAUCCAACCCUGUACUCGAGGCGUUUGGCAAUGCUAAAACGUCUCGAAAUAAUAAUUCUUCUCGAUUCGGUAAAUUUAUUCGUAUUCACUUUGGCAGUUCAGGAAAGAUCGCUGGCGCUGAUAUUGAAGUUUAUUUACUCGAAAAAGCUCGUGUUAUCUUUCAGCAACCGGCUGAACGUAACUAUCACAUUUUCUACCAGUUGUGUUCCAAUGCUUUUCCUGAGUAUCACAAGGAAUGUCUUAUCGAGGGUAAUCCAGGCAAAUAUCAUUAUGUAUCACAAGGCAUGCUCACAAUUGAUAAUGUUGAUGAUGCUGAGGAAAUGAGAAUCACGGAUGAAGCAUUCGAUGUUCUCGGUUUUACGAAGGACGAAAAAUUGAAUAUGUACAAAGGUACAGCAGCUAUAAUGCACUUUGGUAACUCUCAAUGGAAACAGCGACCGCGAGAAGAACAAGCUGAGGCUGAAGGCACAGAAGAAUGUGAAAAAGUCGCACAUCUUCUUGGAAUUGAAGCAGCAGAACUUAUCAAAGGUCUACUUAAACCACGUAUCAAAGUUGGCAAUGAAUAUGUCAACAAAGGUCAAAAUAAAGAUCAAGUUCUUAAUUCAAUUGGUGCACUCUCCAAAUCUAUCUACUCACGUAUGUUCAAUUGGUUAGUCGAGCGAGUUAACGUCACGCUCGAUGUGAAAGCUAAACGACAAUAUUUUAUUGGUGUACUUGAUAUUGCUGGUUUCGAAAUUUUCGAAUACAAUGGUUUCGAACAAUUAUGUAUUAAUUAUACCAAUGAACGUCUUCAACAGUUCUUCAAUCAUCAUAUGUUCGUCUUGGAACAAGAAGAAUACAAGAAAGAAGGAAUUCAAUGGGAAUUUAUUGAUUUCGGUAUGGAUUUACAAGCGUGUAUUGAUCUUAUUGAAAAACCGAUGGGUAUUCUGUCCAUUCUUGAGGAAGAAUGUAUCGUACCCAAAGCAACAGAUAAGACAUUUGUUGAAAAACUUUAUAAUAAUCAUUUGGGUAAACAUCCACAAUUCGGUAAACCCAAACCAUCGAAAGGCAAAGCUGAAGCACACUUUGAAAUCCAUCAUUAUGCUGGUUCAGUGCCAUACACCGCCACAGGCUGGCUUGAAAAGAACAAGGAUCCUAUCAACACAACGGUUGCUGGUCUCUUCGCCAAGUCGAAGAAUGCUAUGUUAAGUCAUCUUUAUGCCGAUGUCGCUGAGGAAGAAGGCGGUGGUAGCAAAGCCGGAGUGAAGAAGAAGGGUGGCAGUAUGCAAACCAUCUCAGCUACACAUCGAGAACAAUUGAACAAAUUGAUGACGAACUUGAAACAAACGCAUCCUCAUUUUGUUCGCUGUAUUAUUCCAAAUGAAGUGAAAACUGGAGGCAUUCUCGACUCACACUUGGUUCUCCAUCAGCUUCAUUGUAACGGUGUUCUCGAAGGCAUCCGUAUCUGUCGCAAAGGCUUUCCUAAUCGUAUGAUCUACUCGGAAUUCAAACAACGCUAUUCCAUUUUGGCACCCAAUGCUAUUCCAAAAGGUUUUGUUGACGCGAAAAAAGCAACGGAAAACAUUCUCAAAGAUGUCCAACUAUCCGAUGAAUUGUACCGAUUGGGAACAACGAAAGUGUUCUUCAAAGCAGGUGUCUUAGGUCAACUUGAAGAUAUGCGUGACCAAGCUCUAUCGAAAAUCAUCGCCACUUUACAAGCGCAAGUUCGCGGUUAUAUCAUGAAGAAAGAAUAUAAGAAGAUGUUAGAAAAGCGCUUAGCUUUAUCAAUUUUACAACGAAAUUGUCGUAAAUAUUUGUCGUUGCGCAAUUGGCCAUGGUGGAAAUUGUACACGAAAGUCAAACCCUUGUUAUCUGUUGCACGACAAGAAGAAGAAAUGAAGAAACUUGAAGAUGAAUACAAAGCAUUGAAGGAAGCUUUUGAAAAAGAAGAAAAACUACGAAAAGAUACCGAAGAAAACAACGCGAAAUUAAUCAAAGAAAAGAAUGACAUGUAUUUGCAAUUGGAAGCUGAACGUGCGAAUACUUCUGGCGCUGAAGAACGUCUGACCCGACUGAUCACCCAAAAAGCCGAUCUCGAACAACAAAUCAAAGAUAUGGAAGAACGUAUCAGCGAAGAAGAAGACGCAACAGCCGAAUCCAAUGCCAAGCGAAAGAAACUUGAGCAUGAUAUCGAUGGUUUGAAGAAAGACAUCGAUGACAUGCGAUUAAGCUUACAAAAGGCAGAGAAUGAAUCGAAAACGCGAGAUAAUCAAAUUCAUACAUUACAAGAUGAGAUGGCUCGUCAAGAUGAAACAAUCGCUAAGAUCACGCGUGAACGUAAACGUCUCGAAGAACAAAAUACGAAAACGACGGAACAGUUGCAAGCGGAAGAAGAUAAAGUGAAUCAUUUGACUAAAUUAAAGACGAAACUCGAGCAAACUUUGGAUGAACUAGAAGACAGUUUAGAACGUGAGAAGAGAAGCCGAGUUGAUUUGGACAAAUCGAAGCGAAAGUUGGAAACCGACGUGAAAUCUCUACAAGCAAGUUUGGAAGAGGUCGAACGGGCAAAACGAGAAUUAGAAGAAACAGUUAAACGUAAAGAUCAAGAAAUUCAACAAAUGGGCGGACGACUCGAGGAUGAACAAGGACAAGCGACAAGUCUCGGCAAGAAAAUCAAAGAAAUGCAAGCACGUAUUGAAGAGUUGGAAGAAGAGCUGGAAAAUGAACGGCAAUCACGAUCGAAGAGCGAAAAGCAGCGUGCGGACUUGGCGCGUGAAAUCGAUGAGAUGAACGAUCGAUUAGAAGAAGCUGGUGGUGCAACGUCGACACAAGUCGAAAUGAACAAGAAACGUGAAGGUGAAUUGGCCAAACUUCGACGAGAUUUAGAAGAAGCCAAUCUUCAACAUGAGGCCACUGCUGCCCAAUUACGGAAGAAACAUCAAGAUGCUGUCAGUGAAAUGGGGGAACAAAUCGAUCAGUUGCAGAAACUGAAAAACAAAUUGGAAAAAGAAAAACAAAGUGUCAAAUCGGAGUUGGAUGAUUUACGUUCACAAGUUGAACAUUUUCAAAAGGGUAAAACAACGGCAGAGAAACUCUCCAAACAACUCGAACAACAAUUGAAUGAUAUUCAAAUCAAACUUGAAGAUAGUCAUAAACAAAUCAAUGAUUUCAAUGUCCAGAAAUCGAAAUUAGUCAAUGAAAACUCUGAUUUACUCAAAACUGUCGAAGAAUUUGAACAUCAAGUUAGUCUCUUACAGAAAUCCAAAGUCGUCUUACAACAACAAGCUGACGAAGCCAAACGUGCUUUAGAGGACGAAACACGUGGCAAAGGUUCAGUUCAUUCACAAAUUCGUAAUUUAACAGCUGAUCUCGAGCAAACACGCGAACAACUUGAAGAAGAACAAGAAGGCAAAGCUGAAUUUCAAAGACAAGUUGCAAAACUUCAAGCUGAAGUUCAUCAAUGGAGAUCACGUUAUGAGUCAGAAGGUUUGGCUCGAAGUGAAGAACUUGAAGAAGCUAAACGAAAAUUAGCUGCAAAAUUGACCGAAGCGGAAGAACAAGUCGAAGCUGCAUUGAGCAAAUGUAAUGCUUUAGAAAAAGUUAAAGCUCGCCUACAAGGUGAAGUCGAAGACCUUAUGGUUGAUGUUGAACGCGCCAAUGCCAAUGCUUCGGCUAUGGACAAGAAGCAAAAACAAUUCGACAAAUUAAUUAAUGAAUGGAAACAGAAAUGUGAGGACAUUACGAUCGAACUCGAAGCAUCGCAAAAAGAAGCGCGACUUUAUUCAACUGAGCUUUUUAAAUUGAAGACUCAAUAUGAAGAAUCGCACGAGCAAAUCGAAGCACUUCGCAAAGAGAAUCGAAACUUAGCUGAUGAAAUCAAAGAUCUUAUGGAUCAAUUAGGCGAAGGCGGAAAGAACGUUCACGAAUUAGACAAAGCUCGUAAACGUGCUGAAUUAGAAAAGGAAGAACUUCAGUCUGCACUGGAAGAAGCAGAAUCCGCACUUGAACAAGAAGAAGCGAAAGUUCUUCGUGCACAAAUGGAAUUGAGUACAGUUCGUCAAGAAAUCGAUCGACGUAUUCACGAAAAAGAAGAAGAAUUCGAAAAUACCCGUCGUAAUCAUGCGCGCGCACUAGAAUCGAUGCAAGCAAGUCUAGAAGCGGAAACACGAUCGAAAGGAGAAGCCUUGAAACAAAAAAAGAAACUCGAAUCGGAUAUCAACGAAUUAGAAAUCGCUCUGGAUCAUUCGAAUCGCAAUAAUUCGGAUUUACAAAAGGCAUUGAAACGACUUCAACAAACUGUCGCGGAAUUCUCAACACAGAUUGAAGAAGAACAACGGCAACGUGAUGAAGCCCGAGAAGCUGCUAUGGCUGCUGAACGUCGCGCUAACCUCAUCAUCGGUGAAGUUGAGGAAUUACGUACUGCUUUGGAACAAGCUGAACGCGCUCGUAAAGCAGCCGAAAAUGAAUUAAAUGAAGCAGCUGAUCGUAUCAGUGAACUAAGCACACAAAAUGCCAAUAUCUCAUCACAACGACGACAACUUGAAUCAACUGUCGCUGCUAUGCAAGCCGAUUUGGAUGAAGCAGUUGCAGAGCUUAAAAAUAGUGAAGAACGCUCGAAAAAAGCGGCUGCGGACGCUGCCCGUUUGGCUGAAGAAUUACGCCAAGAACAAGAACACGCAUUACAAGUUGAACGUCUUCGUAAAGGAUUUGAACAACAAAUCAAAGAUCUUCAAAUACGUCUCGAGGAAGCUGAAGGCAGCUCACUCAAAGGCGGAAAACGUGUUAUCGCUAAACUUGAACAACGUAUUCAUGAACUGGAGAGUGAGGUUGAAUUAGAACAACAUCGUCAUCAAGAAACAUUGAAAGAGUUACGUAAGAACGAUCGCCGCUUGAAAGAGCUCAUCUUUCAAACCGAAGAUGAUCGUAAGAAUCAUCUUCGAUUGCAAGAUCUCUCCGAAAAACUACAAACCAAGAUCAAAGUCUACAAACGACAAGUCGAAGAAGCCGAGGAAAUCGCUGCACUCAAUUUGGCGAAAUAUCGUAAAGUUCAAGGUGAACUCGAAGAAUCAGCUGAACGUGCUGAUCUUGCAGAGAAUCAACUAGGCAAAUUACGUGCUAAGAACCGUUCGACUGUUAGUGCUAGUCGAACUUCGCCAGGUCGUGACAUUCGUGAAUCGACGAUGAUUCGAGCAACAUCAAUGAUUCGUUCAAGUUCAGUUCGUCCUCGUUAG